GUCUGCAGUUCCCGGCAAAUUCUAUCCCAGCUUUAUCAUCAUAACAGCAAGCUUUCGUCUUUUCGCAUCGAUUCCGGCCAGUCACUUCCAAACGCCAACUGGAUCCAUAGAUCAAAUUGACAUCCUCUCGUUUCGGUUUAUUUAACAACACUUCCACUUCCGACGCCGACAUCGUCUACUAUCGCGACUUUGCGAAUAAAGAUUCUACGUCUACACCCACAACCAAGGCCUUCAACGAACCACCGACAUCAUGAGUGGACCGCGCGAAGAGUAUACCAUCCCCACGUCGCAGGGCGGCGCCGCCAGCUCCCAAGGUGCUAGCCGUGGCAACAUCUUCGACACCAUGGACCCCAGCGCCGGCCUCGCGACGAUGCACUACAUCUGCGGCGACUGCGGAACCAAGUUCCCGUUGAAGCGUAACGAUCCUAUUCGGUGCAAGGAAUGCGGUUGCCGUGUUCUUUACAAGGAACGCACGAAGAGGAUGGUGCAGUUCGAGGCCCGAUAAAGGCCAAUUACAACGCCUAUAGUAUCCUGAGCCUCGAAUUAGACGCCAGGGGAGCCAGGCAUAGCAACGAAAUCUGGUAGUACUACUAUGGCUAUCCUAGAGGCAAAUAAUUUGUGAAAUGGACGAACGAGUGACGGAAUGAAGUGAGACGCUCGUCAUCUAUAGAUGAGAGUGAGCUCAGCGGUCUACUCUCUUCGACAAAUCUCUCGCCAGGUCUUCUACUCAUGCAGGGUGAUACCAGAAAAAUCUGUACCAACAGGAAAUGCAUGCUCUUUCUUAAUAGCCUAAGCAAAUUGGAGUUUGGGAGUUUCUAGGAAUCGAAUCAAUGUAAUCUGAGAUUUCUCAGCAAAUCGGAAA